UACAAAUGCAAAAAAUUAAUAUAAAUGAGAAUCCGAGGUCAACUGUUGCUACGGUCUGUGAAAUUAGUUUUGUUGUAAAAUAAUGUCCUGAAUUGUUUUGGCCCAGUCAUAAGCCGGCGGUCACAUAGAGUAGGGACCAAAGCCAAUCUCCGUGUGACCACGCCUUAGAAGGUUUUCUGGUUUUUGAGACGCCGGCCGGACUGCAGAUUACAUGUAGUUGCCUGGGCGCGAGAAGAAUGACAGUGGGCUAUUUUUAGGAUCUAUGACGAGAAAAACAAGUGGAGGAAAAGGGUGUGCAUUGGAGAGAAGUGCGGGACUCGUGUAAUUGGAACAUUGAAAGAUGAGGUGAAGGAUUUAAGGAGGAGGAGGAGGAGAAGGAGGAGGGGGGGAUUUGCCUGUGCCAUGUCUGGGGAUUGGCAGGACAGUGGAUGGGUUUGUGGUGGAGGAGGACCAGUCAAUUUGUGCAGGGUUGCUUCCUUUGUUGGUGAUCGGGAUCGGAGGGGGAAGGGCAAGGGGAAGAGCAGGGGAGGAUCCUAUUCGCCUUCCAAGGGAAGUAAGAUACUUAAGCCAGAGAGAUGGCGAGCAGCAUUUGACAGUGAAGGCAAGCCUGUGGGGUUCACAAAGGCACUCAAGACAAUUGUUUUGGGGGGUGUGGAUCCAUCUGUAAGAGCUGAAGUUUGGGAAUUUUUGCUUGGCUGCUAUGCACUUAGCAGUACUGCAGAGUAUCGGCAGCACUUAAGGAUGGCUAGAAGGGAGAGAUAUAGAGAGUUGAUUGAGCAAUGCCAAAUGAUGCAUUCUAGCAUUGGUACUGGUUCUCUUGCUUACACUAUUGGGUCUAAAGUAAUGGAUGUUAGGAUUAUGUCUAAAGAUAGUGCAAAGAAACAAGCAAAACUCGGUGUAAAGCGUAUUACUGAGGAGGCAAAGUCUAAGCUGGAGUCAUCUCAUGGCUUGCAGCCCAAUGAAAGAUUUGAAGUGUCAUAUGCUAAUGAGAAUGAUAGGCCAAGUUCUCCUGAUUCACAUGAUUUUGGAAGUGCCAGGGAAAACACUGAUGAUGCAGCUCUGAAUUCUUUCUACAGUAUAUCAAGUACAGGUCUAGACAGUGGUGUUGUUUCUGAGUCUGAAAGGGAAGACAAUGGACGAAUUUAUUUGAGGCAAGACAGUUCAGAUUUUCCCCCAUUACCUGUUACAAACCUGUUUGAAAGAAGUGAGAAUGCUGGAGAAGGGUCUUCAGGAAAUGAAGCAAUAUCACCCAGAGAACAAGCAACAGGAAAUAGCUAUGACAGUUCACAAAUAAAUGGUGAGAAAGGAGAUUUUCUUUUGGAAGAUGCUAUACAUAAAUUUGAAAAUGGCGAUAAAAUUGCCGCAGAAAAUGUAGAAUUAGCACAAGAGAAUCACAUUAGCUCUUCUGAAGAAAGAAGAGAUUACAAAGACAAGUUCACCUUAGCUAAAGCUAUGGUUCAAGAACAAGAGUCGGGAAUCAAUGAAUCAAAAGAACAAUCAGAAAGUGCCGAUAGGAUGAAAAUGUCAGAUGCUUCAGAACCCACUGACACACCUCUUAUAAAUCCUGUAGUAGCACUUGGUGUGGAUGUAAAUGAAGACAGGGUAGCAGAUUGGCUCUGGACGCUUCAUAGGAUUGUUGUCGAUGUUGUAAGAACAGACAGGCACCUUGAGUUCUAUGGGGAUACAAAAAACAUGGCUAGGAUGUCAGAUAUCCUUGCUGUAUAUGCCUGGGUAGAUCCGAGAACUGGCUAUUGCCAAGGUAUGAGUGAUUUGUUAUCACCCUUCAUUAUUCUUUUUGAAGAUGAUGCUGAUGCAUUCUGGUGCUUCGAGAGUCUCCUUCGAAGAAUGCGGCCAAAUUUCCAAAUGGAAGGUCCUGUGGGUGUGAUGAAACAGUUGGAAAAUCUGGGAAGAAUAUUACAGUGUACUGACCUCCAAUUAUUCAAGCACCUGGCUCUGGUUGGUGCAGAUAGUCUUCUAUUUGCAUUCCGCAUGUUACUUGUACUGUUUCGGCGGGAAUUAUCAUUCAAUGAUGCACUUUGUAUGUGGGAGAUGAUGUGGGCGGCAGAUUUUGAUGAAGCUAUGGCAUGGGCAUUGGAAAAUAAUUGCCUCGAGGCACUAGUCCUGAGGCUUCCAAAGACUUUAUCUAGAGGUUCACAUGUUGAAUGUGAUGAAGGCACUCCUCGUUCAAAGAGUAAUAAGCUUGAACAAAAUCAUGUGGAAAUUCAUGUCUCUGGACAUGAUGAUGCCAGAUCUCUUUCUAGAAGCCCCUUUUGUGGUUUGGGAGCAGGCAACUUUUGGCCCAAACAGGAUCGGCAGCAGAUAUUGUCUAUGAGUUCACUUCUCAAGAAGGAUCCAGAUGAUGAACUAUCUGUCUUCUGCGUAGCAGCUAUUCUUGUCUUGAAUCGUUCAAAGUUCAUUAAGGAGAUCAAUUCAAUGGAUGAUGCAAUUAAAAUGUUCAAUGACAUGCAGUUUGAAAUCAAGGUGAAAAGUUGCAUACAUAUGGCCAUUAAACUGCGGAAGAAAUAUGCCCGCAAGCUGGCCAGCCAAGCAAGAAGAGGCAAAUUAUCACCUAAACAGUCCUCAUGAAGGAUAAAGAAAGAUAUAGAGUAAGCCAUUUAUUUUGUUUGUCCACUGGAUUAAGCUCAAUCAAUGGGCAUGAUGGCUUCUUCAGAUAUUGAAUUCUUGCGUUGGAUGUUUAUGUACACCAACCAUUAUAAGGUUCUUGUGAUGUUAUUAUAUUGUUAGAACUGUCAAGCUCGACCAAACAUCUGAACUAUAAAUGAUACAAGCGAUUUGUAAAUAGUUCACUAAACAUUUGGGAGGCUUAAUUGAAAGUGGGGGUGGAACAGCUAAUCAUUGUGGGUUGUGUAGCUUAAUACUUGUUCAAGAGACCUUGGAUUACCGGUACACAGGAGUUUUUAAGAAAUCAUUUCCAGGAUGUAUGUGGACACACUGUGAUGAUUUAGGCCCAGCUUCCAGAAAUUCCGUUACUCAUUGGCAGUAAGAUCUGUUUUUCUUUUUCUGUAUCAUAACCCUUUCGGCUUCAUGAAUCUCUAUUGUAUACUUCAGGUUGCUGUUGGCUUCUAAUCAAUAUUCAGGUUUAUAUUCUGGCAUCCACAAAAUGGAUAUAAACUUUGUGCAUUGUAAUUUUUUGGGAAGUUGGACUAGGAAUCCAGAAACAAGGCAUUAAGAUAUGCUGUUCAUCCCAUCCAGCUUCCAAAGUGAUUCGGGAAAUUUGUAAAUUUAGUUGAGUUAUAUAUUUGCUGACAUUCUCAAAAUGGUCCAAGGGACUUCCAAGUGUUGUUCUGAUUUCAUUGUCUGAUAAUUUCAAUCAUGUAACCCGGAACUUAAAAUCUAUGCAACUCUCAUGCCUAUGUGGAUCAACCUACAGGAGAGGAUCACUUGCCCUCAAUUUAACGUGCCGGCUAUUCAUUAAA